AUGGGUAAAGAAAAUUUUUUUCGACUUGUUAAACAAUAUCAAGGACAAAUUCCUUCAGAUGUUCAAGAAUAUAUUAUGCAGACAUAUACUUAUGGUCAAGAAAGUUUUAAACGUCACCAUGUAUCUGUCUGGGAAUCUUCUACAAGGGUCGAAUUGACUCUAAUGAUAAUAGUUAUUACAAUAUGGUUUUUUGUAAUAAUUUUAUCUACUUUGGGUUAUCUCGCAGCACCACUUAAAGGCGUAGACUGUAAUUUAUUUGAAAAUCUUUCUUCUUCAUUUCGACAAGAUUAUCCAAAAUUUGAAAUUAUCUUUUCGGUGGCGAAUGAUAAUGAUCCUGCUAUAGCCGUAGUGCAAAAAUUAAUGAAAAAAUUUCCAAACGUUGAUGCAAAACUAAUUAUAGGUGAUCGAGAUGUUGGCGUUAACCCAAAAAUAAAUAACAUGAUUCGUGCGUACGAAUCUGUUAAAUAUGACAUAAUUUGGAUUUUAGAUUCUAAUGUUUAUGUUGACUUUGGAUGUCUUGGAAGGUCCGUGGACAAAUUAUGUCAACCUGGUGUUGGUUUAGUUCAUCACCUUCCAUUUGCUGUACGUCCUGAAACUUUUGGUUCGGAAUUAGAAAUGUUAUUUAUAGACACUAUUCAUGCUAAAAUGUAUUUAGCUAUUAAUGCUAUUGGUCCUGAUAGUUGUGUUGUGGGUAAAUCAAAUUUAUAUAGAAAAAGUGAUAUUGAAAGUAUCGGUGGAUUGGCUCAAUUUGGUAAAUAUAUGGCUGAAGAUAAUUUAUUAGCUAAGGCUCUUUGGCAAAAAGGUUUUAAACAUGAAAUGACUAGUGAUUUAGCUUAUCAACCACUUGGUUCAAUGUCUAUCACUGGUUAUUUUUUACGUCGAUCUCGAUGGACACGUAUUAGAAAAUAUACUGUCACUGCUGCUACUAUAGUUGAACCUUUUAUAGAAUCAAUAUUAUGUGGUCUUUGUGCGUCUUAUGGAUUUAAUCUUUUAUGGCAUAUUCAUCCUUUAAAUUUCUUGGCUUUUCAUCUUUCUUUAUGGUUUUGGAUUGAUCUCAAAUUAUUUCAAACUUUAAGUCAAAAGAAAGUUGAUGUAGAAACUUUAAGAGGUUUCAUUAUGGCUUGGGCUAUACGUGAAAUUACAGCUUUACCUCUUUAUAUUUAUUCUGUAUUUGGAACUACUGUAGAUUGGCGGGAGGGUACUUACCAAUUAAAGAGAGAUUCAACUGUGAUAAAAAUAUCUUCGUCGCAUCAACAAAAUCAAGCCGGUGGGAGCAUCUCAUCUUCAUCUUCUUCAGAUAAUCAAAGAUCCUCUUUCUUUCAACAAUUCAUAGUGUCAAUUCUUACAUCUUUCAUUCUAGUUAUGAAUAUCUUUAUAGAUAUAUUGUUCUCUAGUCAACGUAAUGGUAACCCUGUCGAGAACACUGAAGAAAAUUUAAAAAAUUCUGAAAAAGAAAAUACUCUAAAUAAUAUGACGAGACUCCGUUCUAUGAGAGAAACAGACAGGAUGUCGAUCACAUGA